CCACUGCUCUGGGCGGGCUCGCACAGGCGAGGAGUGGGGGGAUGGCUCGUACGGCCUCUGGGGUCAGCGGUCCCCCAGGUAGGCGACGUCCCCUCUCCAGGCUUCAGUUCCCGUGUACGCAAAAUUGGGGCGAGAGCAGGGUUUAAAAGCAGUACCACGCGUAAGUCUUUGGAGAACGCCAGGCUGGAGGUGGCCUGCCCCUGUCAGGGGGUCUGAACGCGGCCGGCAGGGCCUCAAGGGUCGCCGCGAUGGACUCGCUGGCAGCACCCCAGGACCGCCUGGUGGAGCAGUUGCUGUCGCCGCGGACCCAGGCCCAGAGGCGGCUCAAGGAUAUCGACAAGCAGUACGUGGGCUUCGCCACACUGCCCAACCAGGUACAUAGAAAAUCGGUGAAGAAGGGCUUUGACUUCACGCUCAUGGUGGCUGGUGAGUCAGGCCUGGGAAAGUCCACACUGGUCCACAGCCUCUUUCUGACUGACCUGUACAAAGACAGAAAGCUUCUGAGUGCUGAGGAACGCAUCAACCAGACGGUAGAGAUCCUGAAGCACACAGUGGACAUUGAAGAGAAGGGAGUCAAGUUGAAGCUCACCAUUGUGGACACACCAGGCUUUGGCGAUGCUGUCAACAAUUCUGAAUGCUGGAAGCCCAUCAGUGAUUAUGUAGAUCAGCAGUUUGAGCAGUAUUUCCGUGAUGAGAGUGGCCUCAACCGCAAGAACAUCCAGGACAACCGGGUGCACUGCUGCCUAUACUUCAUCUCCCCGUUUGGGCAUGGGCUGCGGCCAGUGGAUGUGGGUUUCAUGAAAGCUCUGCAUGAGAAGGUAAACAUUGUGCCACUCAUCGCCAAGGCUGACUGCCUGGUGCCUAGUGAGACUCGGAAGCUGAAGGAGCGGAUCCGGGAGGAGAUUGACAAGUUUGGGAUCCAUGUGUACCAAUUCCCCGAAUGCGACUCCGAUGAGGAUGAGGACUUUAAGCAGCAGGACCGGGAACUGAAGGAGAGCGCUCCCUUUGCUGUCAUUGGCAGCAACACGGUGGUGGAAGCCAAAGGGCAACGAGUCCGGGGGCGACUGUACCCCUGGGGGAUCGUGGAGGUGGAGAAUCAGGCACACUGCGACUUCGUGAAGCUUCGCAACAUGCUUAUCCGCACUCACAUGCAUGACCUCAAGGAUGUGACUUGUGACGUGCACUACGAGAACUACCGUGCACACUGCAUCCAGCAGAUGACCAGUAAACUAACCCAGGACAGCCGCAUGGAGAGCCCCAUCCCCAUCCUACCCCUGCCCACCCCAGACGCUGAGACUGAGAAGCUCAUCAGGAUGAAGGAUGAGGAGUUAAGGCGAAUGCAAGAGAUGCUGCAGAAGAUGAAACAACAAAUGCAGGACCAGUGACCCUGCUGCUCCAGCCCCAGUCUCCAGGGAUAGACCACCCACCUCUGGCCUCUCUCACCCCUGGAUCCCAGACUGGCCUGGACUCGACCCUGGAUUCGCUUGGAUAUCAGAGGGGCCUGGAUCCAAUCCUAACCUAGAGUGGCCCUGAUGGGACUGUUCCCAACCCAGAGAGACACGGAGCCAUGGCACCCCUCCCCACAACCCUAAUUUAUUCUUAGCAUUAACGUCUCCAGGUCAUUUGUAUUUGUUCCCUAGGGGCCUGGACAACAGUGCCCCCCCCAAUCAGUUUACUCUGGCCUUGGGGAAUCAGGAGCCAAGUUGGACACAAUUUCCUAGAUUACACUUCCCCAAAGGUCAGAGCACCAAGGCUCCAAUCCCUGCUCAGGCAAGAGGAUAAACCAAGGUAGAGGAGGGGAAAGGGACCAGGUCUAUUUCCCCACUCCUGUGCUACAGAACAAAUUGAGGACUCCCUUUGUGCCAGUUUCUCUGAGUUACCCAGUGUAUGCUGACACCCUACUUUGUGCAAGGUGCGCCGGGUCCUCCCUUACCCAGUCACCUAAACUGGGGAUUAGAGCAGGUAGGGUUGGGCUGCUGAAGCAACUGGGAAGGUUCCACACUAAAAGGCUGCUGUUGAGGAUGGUGGGACCAGCUGUUAUAGCAGUCUAGCCCCUUCCUCACAACCUCUAGCAAACCUAGAGGGCCCUGGGGUGGUGGGCCAUCCCCUGGCAACCCUCAUGUCCAGGUGGCUGUUCCCUGCCCGUAGCUCGAAGCACCCUCUCCAGCUGCACUAUGGUGCUGGGCUCUCAACCCCUCAGCUCCUCCAUUUCUCCACCCGCAUGACCCCACCACCACCAGCACCACCACACACACCCGUGCUCCCUUUUGUUAAGUUGUGAAUGCCAUGUCCUGUCCUGGCGACAGGAGAACAAUGUUGGUGAACGUC